ACCCAGAAAUUAAAGCUAUGAUCGAAAAACAACAUAAGUUAGAAAGAGAUAUAGAGAACGCAAAUAAUAAUAUUCGAAAGAUUAAAUUAUUAUUGUCAUAUCAAGAAAAAAAUGAAGAUGAAAAUAAUAACCUACUUAUAAAAAAAUGGAGACGUGCAAGUCAAGAAGCUGCGGAAUAUUUAUUUGAAAAAAUGCCAAAGGAGCAAUCUUCAUUUCUUGAAGAAUCGGGAUUUUCAAAUUCUUGGAAUGAAAAUUGGGGAUGGGAAGAUAAUGAACAACAGCAAAGAUACUAUAAUUCAGAUCAAGAUGAUGAUGAAAAUUACUGUGAACAACAAGUAAAUGUGGAACCGAAAGGUACAAUGAAAUUUAUGCUCAAGAAGAUGGGUGUUGAUCUUGAUCUAAUCAAGUGGAAUGAAGAUGAGGAAUGUUUCGAAGAAUGA